AUGUAUCUUGUCGUCUUCCCAUCCUCAUCGAUAUCAUCCUCAUUGCGGAUGCGCCCUGCCUCCACGGCCGGUGCCUGGGGCACUUCUGAUCUCCGGUCGGCUCUCCCGGAGACCAACGGCCACAACGGCGCUGACCAUCAUUCCGUCAACGGCGAGAAAGGCGCCCCCGCUCCCAUCGAGCAGGUCCAACCUCCCAAGCUUGAGGGUUGGGUCGAGGCAACUCCGUAUCACUACGACGAGUUCGCCAACCGUGAGACCGAGUGGGAUGGUCAAGCCCCCAUUUACGAGUGGGAUGGCGAGGAGGGCGACAUUGGCCCCGAGUUCCCCGAGUUGGAGGUCCAACUCUUUGGUCCUGUUGAAGAGCGCGGCCGCAGGGGCAUCGACUUCUCUGCCAUUGCUGAGCUUGAGCUUGUCCAGGAGGGCCCUACUCGCGUCGAGCCCAUCGACAACUUUAGGGAUGCCGGCCUGCACCCGGCUAUGCUCCGCAAUGUCGAGCUUGCGGGCUACGAUGUGCCGACUCCGAUCCAGCGGUACUGCAUUCCCUCGAUCAGCCAGGGACAUGAUGUCAUCGCAAUUGCCCAGACUGGCUCUGGCAAGACGGCUGCAUAUCUGAUCCCGAUCAUCAACAAGCUGAUGGGCAAGGCAAAGAAGCUGGCGGCUCCUCGUCCCAACCCGGCCACCUACCAGCCUGGCAUUGACCAGCCCUGCCGAGCUGAGCCUCUGGUUGUCAUCGUCGUUCCCAGCCGUGAGCUGGCUGUGCAGAUCUUCAAUGAGGCCAGGAAGUUUUGCUAUCGAUCCAUGCUGCGCCCUUGCGUCCUUUACGGCGGCGGCUCGAUGAGGGAUCAGCUAGAUCAACUUUCAAAAGGGUGCGACGUCCUUGUCGCCUCUCCCGGUCGUUUGAUCGACUUCAUGGAUCGCCCGGAGGUCCUGUCUUUGCGCCGUGUCCGCUACAUGGUGAUUGAUGAGGCAGACGAGAUGCUUGAUGACGAUUGGAAGGACGAAUUCGAUCAGAUCCUUUCUGGUGGUGACCAGGAAGAGGGCAACAUCAAGUACAUGCUCUUCUCCGCCACUUUCCCCAAGUCCGCUCGCGACCUCGCCAGGACUCAUCUUGCGGACAACCAUGUGCGUCUCCGCGUUGGACGUGCCGGCAGCACCCACUCAAACAUCAAGCAGGAUGUCAUCUGGGUGGAGCCCUACUUGAAGAAGCAGGCUUGCCUGGACCUUCUUAACACGGUGCCUCCCGGCCGCACCAUCAUUUUCGUCAACAGCAAGCGCGCUGCUGAUGAGCUGGAUGACUUCCUUUUCAACAAGGGAGUUCCUUGCGUCAGUAUGCACGGUGAGAGAACCCAGAGGGAGCGUGAGGCUGCCAUGCGCGCCUUCCGCGCCGGAAGAUCUCCUGUGCUGAUCACUACCGCCGUCACUGCUCGCGGCAUCGAUGUGCGCAACGUUUUGCACGUCAUUAACUUCGACCUGCCCUCCGCCAUGUAUGGUGGUAUUGAGGAGUACACCCACCGGAUUGGUCGUACUGGUCGUAUCGGCCACAGAGGUCUUGCCACCUCGUUCUAUACCGAGCGUGACGAGGAUCUCGCCUCUGUUCUUACUAGGACUCUUCUCGAGACCGGUCAGGAGGUCCCCGAUUUCCUCCAGUCCUACAUUCCCGAGGACACUGAACACCUUCAUUUCGAGGCCGAUUCCGACUUCGAGGAGGAGGGUGCCGGCGGUGAUGAUGCCGGCGAGGAUGAAGCUGAUGAUGGUUGGGGCGCUGCUGACGGUGAUGGCGGCGACAAUGUCGACGACAAUGCUGGCGGCGAUGGCUGGGGUGCUUAA